AUGGCCCAGCACGAGCCGACCUUCAAGAUCUUCUGUCGCGCCGACGAGGCCCACUGCCUCACCAUCCGCCACGACGCCGUCGUCCUCGCGCCGACUAACCCUCGCGACGAGUACCAGCACUGGUACAAGGACAUGAGGCACAGCACACGGGUGAAGGACGCGGAGGGCCACCCGGCGUUCGCGCUGGUGAACCGCGCGACGGGGCUCGCCGUCAAGCACUCCCUCGGCCAGUCCCACCCGGUGAAGCUCGUCCCCUACAACGCCGACUACCUGGACGAGUCGGUGCUGUGGACGGAGAGCAACGACGUGGGCAAGGGCUUCCGCUGCAUCCGCAUGGUCAACAACAUCCACCUCAACUUCGACGCCCUCAACGGCGACAAGGACCACGGCGGUGUCCGCGACGGCACCGGCGUCGUGCUCUGGGAGUGGUGCAAGGGCGACAACCAGAGCUGGAAGGUCCUGCCAUGGGGCGCUGGCGGAGACGGCUACGUGCAUCCGCCGCCGCAGCCAGCCUACGGGGGUGCAGGGUACGGGUACGGCGGUGGCUCGUCCGGCGGCCAGGAUCCCUACGCGCCGCCACCGCCUGCCUAUGGAGGUGGAGGUACGCGCCGCCGCCGGGUCCGUAUGGAGGUGGAGAACACCGUGCGCGUCCUCUGCAGGGCUGGCGAGGACUACAGCCUCACCGUGAGGAACGGGGCCGUGUGCCUCGCGCCCACAAACCCGAGAGACGAAUUCCAGGAAAACCAGAUAAACAUGAUCAUAACUCGUUAUUUUCCCAUGGCGUGA